UCUGCCUGUCUGUUUCACUUCGUGUCCUAACUUUGCUUUACAAUUGUUAGUAACCAUAGACAUUCUAAAGAUUGCAAGAUUUUUUGUUUCAUUCGUUCGAUUGUUUGAUUUUUGAAAACUAUUCUGAAUGCGCAAAAUGUAAUUUGGGGUUUAUAGUAAUUUUGUUUUUAUAGUUUUCUCUACUGAUUUAGGAUGAAAGACCGCGCGAAGUGUCGCACAGCAAGAUUCUCGUCAAAUUAUCUGACCCGAUUGUUUUGAUGUGCCAUCUGUGUGUGCUUCGUUUAUGACGCUGGUCGUCGUCUACGUGGACAGCGCUGGACCAUCAUUGCAAGCUGGGUUUCCGAGCAGCUCAGCAGUCCCAUGGCGAAUUUUUCGCGCUUUAAAAGAUAUUUGUUAAUCGGUCUUGGAUUAUGGUUUGUUAUGCUGUUUGGAAUUUCUCGCAUGUUCAUCGUGACGGAUUUGAAUUCCGAUGGAAACGGAACAGACUUGGAAAAACUACUGGGGAAAAAUGCACCUCCCGAAGAGGUGCAGAAAAUUAAAUCCGCACUGGAAAGAAUCGACAAAUUGCAAAAACAGAAUGAUAAUCUGCAAAGGCGACUGCAAGACCUGCGACGGUCUGACAAAGAUACCAUAAAAGAAGUGCGCGAGAAGGGACUUUUUGCGUCAGCUGAUUAUAUAACACCGACUAAAGAAUUCGAGCUUGCCAGAAGGCGACUGGAAAAUGGAAUUAUCGAAUUUUGGCGGUAUACUUCAACCCACUUGAAGAAGCUUUCUGAGAUGAAAAAUGCGGAAGAGGCGCAAAAUUUUGCAAAAGAGAUGCUAGAUUUCCUCACAGAGCAUAAAAGGGUAAUUUUAAAAGAUAUUGAUCAAGUGGAACAAGCCGCCGGACUUACAGAUUGGAAGACCGAAAAAUCUCGAGAAAUGACCAAAAUUGUCCAGUCCCGUUUGCAUCGUCUGCAGCAUCCAACAGACUGCAGCACAAGAAAGCGUUUACGCUGCAACCUCAACAAAGCGUGUGGUUUUGGUUGCCAGAUUCACCAUGCCACUUAUUGCCUUAUCGCGGGUUAUGCCCUGAAUCGUACUGUGAUAUUGGAAUCAAAAAACUGGCGAUAUUCCAGAAAAGGCUGGGAGUCAGUCUUCUUGCCAGUUACUUCCUGCAAUGCCGACGGUUACCAGGCGAAAAUCUGGAAAGAUGAUAAAGCGUCCCGACAAGAAAUGGUAUUGGAUAUGCCCAUUGUUGAUAAUGUUGCCGGUGCCUCUCGGUCGCGUCCAAUGUGGUUGCCGCUUGCUGUGCCCGCCGAUCUGUUCGAUCGAAUACACGCCUUCCAUAAAAAUCCCCCGGUUUGGUGGUUAGCACAGAUUGUGUCGUAUUUAUGGCGAUACCAACCGGAAAUGAAAGAAUAUCUCGAUGAAAAAUCCACUAAAAUGGGCUUCCAGACCCCGAUUGUUGGGGUUCAUGUGCGACGGACGGACAAAGUGGGUACCGAAGCCGCUAAACACGAAAUUGAAGAAUAUAUGCGUUAUGUCGACGAAUAUUACGAUCAGUUGGAGGUAACAAAAGGCGAGAAAGUGCCAAUUCGUCGUGUCUAUCUCGCGUCGGAUGAUCCCAGUGUCUUUCAAGAUUGCAAAACAAAGUUUCCCGCUUAUGAUGUGGUGGCUGAUGUGGACGUGAUGACAAAUGCUGGACUGAGCAAACGCUAUUCGGAUGAAUCUCUUAGGGGAAUAAUCUCGGAUGUCCACUUCCUUUCUCAAACAGAUUAUCUUGUUUGCACGUUCUCUUCUCAAGUUUGCCGGUUGGCAUACGAAGUCAUGCAGGCACGAUUUUCUGAUGCAACUGAUCGCUAUAAAUCGCUGGACGAUAUUUAUUAUUACGGAGGACAGAAUGGCCAUCAGUUUGAAGCUAUUCUGCCGCAUACUGCCAGGAAUGGCGAGGAAAUCUCCUUCGCCAGAGGCGAUUUAUUGGGAAUCGCCGGUAAUCAUUGGGAUGGAUUGUCCGUAGCCGAGCACGUUAAAACGCUACGCAAAGGCAAAUUUCCGUCCUACAAGGCCGAUGAGCAUUUUGUGACGUAUGAUAUGCCUCGUUAUGAGGAUUCGGUGGAUCUCUAGAUGUCGGCCGUUUCGAGUGCCAAAAUAUUAAUUGAAAGUUUAUGACGAAUCUGUGGUGAAUUUUUUACGGUGUUAAACGUUUUACUUUUUGAGGUAAUACUCAUGACCUAUAUUUUAUACUCAACUUGGUUUUACGUGUUUGUUAUUUAUGGGAGUGUUUCUUUUCGUACUUGCAGCUGCAUUAAUUAAUGGAAUCGAAUCUGAUGCUGGGUUAUUUUGGUUGUUGUUUUGAAUUUUAUCGUGCUGUUGCAUACUCAAUUCGAGACAAGAAAACGCAGAAUUGCGGAAACAUACUGGUUCCUUUGCAAACAAAAUUGCAAACAAAAAUUUCCAGAAUUUCUAGUUCCUUAAAAUGUUUUAUUUCGUAUUUAUUCGAAUUUGAUGGAAACGUAAAAGUCUCCGCAAGGAUCUUCGGCAUUCAACUGCGGGAACAACAUGGCGCGUCCGUUCAAAUCAACCUUAACGGUCAGUUUACGGCCUUCGGCGGUCAGAUCGAACUUGGUACACUUUUCUUCGUCAUCCGUGCUUUGGCAGUUCUCCACUUCUUUGUCAUCCACAAGAAUAGAUAUCUUCACUGAUCCGCCCUCGGUUUUAUAGGGUAGCGACAGGUGAGCGCUCUUGAUUUUCCAGUCUGCCAA